AAGUUGCCAAACAAGAUGGAUCGGCGGACGAGCACGUCGUCCCGGCGGCCGCCGCAGCGCCGCAGCACAUCGUCGGACGGCGACCACGAGGAAGUGCGACCGGCCAUCGACCAUGAAGGUAUCCUCGAGGCCAUGGGCAGCGUCGUCUUUGAGCUCGACGUCGACGGCGUCGUGACCUACAUGAACCACCGCGCCGAGCGCGUCCUCGACUGCUACGCAUCCGACAAGGUCGGUAUGAGAUUCGUCGAUGCGUUCGUGCCGGCGACGCUCAGCGACGUGCCAUUAAACCGCGCCAACAUUGAGAAGCAGCUCCACGAGGUGCUCUCGCUGGCCGAGACGGUCGUCUUCCAGUGCGGGCUCAAGACCUGCGGGUCGCCGUCGAACCUCGUCGACAUGCUCCUGAGCGCGGCGCCGCGCCUGGACAGCCAGCGCAACGUGCUUGGGUGCGUCCUCGUCGGUACGGACGUGACGAAUCACUCGAGCGAGAAGAUCUCGUCCGAGCACGUCUACUCGCGCAUCUUGGAGCGGGCGAACGCGCCGAUCUUUGGCGUCGACGUGCAAGGCCGCGUCAACAUUUGGAACAAAAAGGCCGCUGAGCUCACGCAGUUUACGGCCGAUGAAGUGCUCGGGAAGGACCUCGUCCACGAGUUCAUUGCGCCCGACUACCGCGACGCGGUCGGCGCAUUCAUCUCGGAAGACUACCGCAAGGCCGUCGGGUACGUGCUCUCGAAAGCACUCAACGGCGUCGAGACGGCCAACUUUGAGUUUCCGCUCAUCACCAAGACGGACCGGCGCGUCGAGAUCUUGCUCAAUGCGACGCCGCGCUACAAUGAGCUCGGCAAGGUCAUGGGCAUGGUCGGGAUCGGCCAAGACAUUACCGAGCGCAUCGCGCAGGAGCAGGAGCACUCGCGCCUCAUCGACAAGGCGAACGCACCGAUCUUUGGCGUCAACACGCAAGGCUCGGUCAACAUUUGGAACAAAAAGGCCGCUGAAAUCACCCAGUACUCGCAGGACGAAGUCAUGGGCGAGAACCUCGUGGCGACCUUUGUGAGCGAAGAGUUCCGCGAGGCGGUGAGCGAGGUCUUUGCCAAGGCGCUGACGGGCGUCGAGACGGCCAACUUUGAGUUUCCCCUUGUGACCAAGACGGACCGGCGCGUGCAAAUUUUGCUCAACGCGACGCCGCGCUACAACGAGCUCGGUGACGUCAUUGGUGUCGUCGGCAUUGGCCAAGACAUUACCGACCGCAUUGCGCAAGAGCAAGAGUAUGCGCGGCUCAUUGACACGGCAAACGCGCCGAUCUUUGGCGUCGACUCGGAGAUGCGCGUCAACAUUUGGAACAAAAAGGCGGCGCAGAUCACACACUACUCGAUCGCCGAGGUCAUGGGCGAGAACCUCGUCGAGACGUUCAUCUCACCCGAGGUGCGGCCCAAGGUCGCCGAGGUGCUCCAGAAGGCGCUCAACGGCAUCCAAACCGCCAACUUUGAGUUUCCGCUCAUUACGCGGCCGGGCAGCAAGAUUGAGAUUCUCCUCAACGCGACGCCGCGCAACGACCUCCACGGCAACAUUGUCGGUGUCGUCGGCAUUGGCCAAGACAUUACCGAGCGCAUUGCGCAAGAGCAAGAGUACUCGCGGCUCAUCGACACGGCGAACGCACCGAUCUUUGGUGUCGACACGCGCGGGCGCAUCGUCGAGUGGAACCAAAAGAUCGAGAAGCUCACGGGGUACCAGAAGGAGUCGAUCUUGGGCAUGUCGCUCGUCGAUAUGUUUAUCAUUGACGAGUCGCGCGAGGCUGUGCGCAAACUGCUCAACCAAGCACUGCUCGGCGUCGACGUGGGCGAGAUGGAGCUUCCGAUUUUGAACAAGCAAGGUAUCUUCUUGCUGCUGCUCGUGAACGCGUCGUCCAAGAAGGACCCGCACGGCAACAUCCAAGGCGUGAUUGGCGUCGGCCAAGACUACACGGCGCGCAAGCAGAUGGAAGCAGCCAAGGUCAACUUCUUAGCGUCCUUCUCGCACGAACUGCGCACGCCGCUCAACGGUAUCCUCGGCAUGAUGGAGCUGCUGAAGGAGAUGGAGCUCGGCGCCACGCCCAAGCGCUAUGUGCACAUUGCGUACGUCUCUGGGUCGCUCUUGCUCAACUUGAUCAACGAUAUUUUGGACCUUUCCAAGAUCGAGGCCGGGCACUUGGAGAUUCAGUCGGCGCCAUUUUACAUGGGCGACCUCCUCGACUACACGAUCGACAUCUUCAAGCUCAAGGCCAAGGAGCGGGGCCUUCGCCUGGGUAUCGUGCGUGGCAAGGACGUCCCGGACAUUGUCAUUGGCGAUGUGAUUCGGUUGCGUCAGAUUCUGCUCAACUUGCUCUCGAAUGCCAUCAAGUUUACCAACAAGGGCUCGAUCACGGUCAAGUGUUCGGUCGUGACGCAGGCGCAGGCCGAGGUGCCACCUGGUCACAUCAAGAUGCUCUUCCAGGUCAUCGACACGGGCGUCGGCAUGAACCCAGAGGAAAAGUCGAUCUUGUUUUCGCUCUUCACCAAGCUCGAGCGGACGCGCAAGAACAACCCGACGGGGUCCGGCCUCGGCCUCGCGAUCUGCAAGCAGCUCGUCGAGCUCAUGGACGGGCACAUUGACGUCGAUAGCGAGCGCGAUGUCGGGAGCACCUUCUUCUUCUCGGUCGUCGUGCGUCUUGCGCCGCCCGAGUACAUUGCCAAGUUGGAAGCGCUCCGUGCCGUGUCCAAGUCGACGCUUGAUGACGACGACGAGCUGCCAGAGCGAUCCCGCGGCCGAAAAGACCGUGCGACGACCGUCGACUCGAUCUUGAUCCCGACGCCGCCGUCCGUGCCCAAGCACGCGCGGAUCCUUGUGGUCGAAGACAACGACUUCAACUGGGAGGUCGUCAAGUGCUUUCUCCAAGAGGACGACCACUAUUUGCAGUGGGAGCCCAACGGCGAGCUCGCGGUCGAAGCGUACAAGCAGCACCACGACACGUUCGACUUGAUUUUCAUGGACUGCGAGAUGCCUGUCAUGGACGGGUACACGGCGACGCGCUGCAUUCGCGAGUUUGAGCAAGAGCGCGGCCUCGAUCGCAUCCCGAUCCUCGGGUUGACGGCAUACGCGAUGAACGACGACCGCGAAAAGUGUCUCAGCGCCGGCAUGGACGAGUUCAUUGUCAAGCCGAUUGCCAAGGAUGGCUUGCUCAAGAUGAUCACGUACUGGAUGCGCCGGCGGUACAUGCCCGAGCUGCGCGUCUCGGAGCCUGCGUAUUUGCUCCACGAAGCGUCGUACUCGGACGUGGGCCCGUCACCGGUCGGGUCGAUCGACAAUGACAUUCUCGCGCCAUUGGCCGUGCACCGCGUCCAGCUGCCGCCGCCGACAAACGCCGGCCUCUUGCAUGCGUCGACCCACACGCAAGAACUCGACUUGGCGCGCGCGAUUUCCGACUUGGAGCUCGAAGAUCCGUCCAAGAUGGGCCAAUAUCGGCUCCAGGGCGCGGCCUCGCACCACCACCAUUCGGACCCCAUGUCCAUGACAAUGGACGGUACGACGUCGUUGGCGUCGAUCACGUCCAACUCGGGCGGCAGCGUCAAGCCUGCGAGCUCGAGUAUGUUUGCGCUCGGCAACCGCGCGUCGCUGACGCGGUCGUCGCCGCUGCAAAUGCUCUUGGACGCGCAGGCGACGCACGUCACGUCGCGCACGGUGGGCCCCGACUUGCAGCUCGACGCCACGGACGCGACGCCCCCGCACAAGCGCAACACGUCCAACAGCCUUCCGGACGUGACCAAGCUCGAAUUGCGGACCGACGUGGCGCAGGACUGGAAAGACUGGCGCGAACAGUCGUCGUCGAUGAGCCGGCCGCUGCCUGAUGACGACGACGAGCCCAAGCCGCCGGCCACAAACGUGACGUCGUCGGCGGUCCUCGAGAUUGCGAUUCCGGAGGGCGACCCGGUCGACUACUCGCUCGGAGUCUCGCAGUGCGGUGGCAACGAAGAGCUUUUUAUCAACCUCCUCGGCAAGUACGCCAUGGGGCUCGACAUUGCGCUCCACCGCCUUGACGAAGCGUACAGCAGCCAAGACUUGUACGGACUUCGGCGCGAAGCGCACUCGCUCAAGGGUUCGUCGGCGUACGUGGCCGCGAUGCGCGUCUCCAAGGCGGCGUACCGCGUCCAAGUGUGCGCCGAGCAAAUGCUCUCGGACCAGCCCGACAUCAACCUCUUUGUCUCGUCGUACACGCUGCUGCAGGACGAGCUCAACGCGCUCAAGGGGUACCUCCGUCGCAACUUUUCGUUCCACCACGCCGCGACGUCGGCGUCUACCAAGAUGGACGCAAAGGGCACGACGCCGUGCUGCAUCAUGUAACGACAACGA